AUUUGUAGUUAGUCAGAAACAAAAGUGUUACUCUGUUUGGUGAAUUGAUUUUGACAUCAGAUUGAAGUUGUUCGAGUUCAAGGUCAUCCCAACAUUUAAUUCAACUCACUUCUAUACGAAGUUCGAUAUUUCUUUCAGCCCAACCGCCUGUGUUUAUGUGAUAAAACAAUCAACCAAUCGAAGUAUAUGCUUAUGAUGGAUGAUGAUUUUUAUAAUGAUUCAAUUGGAGAUCAAAUUCUUUUGGAAUUAAAUAUCACUAACUUUACACCAACGUUAACUGACAAAAACAAGCAAACUACGACAUCAACUAAAGAUGAAAUUAAUGGUUUAAAUGAUAACUCACAUUCAUUAAUAACCAUACCACAUCAAUUUUUCGAUUUCCCAUAUCCGAAACCGUAUUCACAACAACUUGAAUUGAUGCAAACAGUCUAUAAGACAUUAGAAUCUAACUGUUGUGGUAUAUUUGAAAGUCCAACUGGUACUGGCAAAUCAUUGAGUCUAUUGACAGCAACAUUACGUUGGCUUUUAGAUUAUAACGAAAAACAGGUUUUAUUAUUAAAUAGUCUUCAAUCUCAGUUAAAAUUAACGAAUCAUGAAAAUAAAGAGAAUAAUUCUAAGGAAUACGAUUGGAUAGUAGAAUAUGAUAAAAAUCGUUUAUUAAAAAAACAAAUUGAACCACAAAUUGAAGAUCUUUUGAUCUAUCAAUCUAAUUUACAAUUAAUUGAGAAAAUGAAAUCAUCUUCCUCAUCAUUACUGUUUAAACAUCAAACUGACUUUUUAAAUGUUGAUGAAAUGACCAUAACUGAAGCGAAUAUUGAAAGUAUUGAUAUUGAGCAAUUGAAAAAUAUAAUAGACAAUACCCAUGAUCAGUAUGACUGCGAUGAUGAAUUAUUUUUAUGUAAACCUGAUGAAAACUUAUUCGAUAAAAAUAAAAUUAUCGAAUUAGAUGAAAUUGAACUGGAACAACAGUUUGAAAGUCAAGAACAACAAAAAUCUGAUAAUGGAUUAUUACAUGUAAUUUAUUGUAGUCGUACUCAUUCACAACUCGGACAAAUAGCCAAAGAAUUUGCAAAAUGUAAAACAUUAUUUAAUAAAGUCACAAUAAUUCAAUUAUCAUCAAGAAAUUUGUUAUGCACUAAUGAAACCAUUUAUCAGUUAAAACACCCAGAUUUAAUUAAUAUUGCUUGUCUUGAAUUGAAUCGACCGCGUAAUCGUGAGCAAGGUCAAUCGAAAGGUUUCAGAUGUCCAAUGCGUAACUCAACAGCUGUUAAUAAUUUAUCCAAGCACCUAUUAAUUGGUAAUUCAGCUUUAAAUAUAACCAAUAGUAUUAGAGAUAGAAAGUCAAGUAAGUCAUCUAAAUCGAUCAAUGUUUUGAGUAAUUCUUUGAAAAAAUACCAAAAAGACGAGAUGACAGUAAACGAUAUCCAAUUGUCGUCUCAUAUUGGGUGUCCGUACUACGCUAAUCGUAAGGGAUUACCAUUAGCUCAAUUAGUUUUAGUACCAUAUUCAUCAUUGUUACAACCAUCAAAUCGUUUGACAUCUGGUUUAAAACUAAAAAAUUCAAUUGUUAUAAUUGAUGAAGCGCAUAAUUUGUUAGAAGCAACAGCGUCAUCAAUGUCAGUCAGUUUGUCGUUGGUGAAUGAUUUAUACAAAUUAGAAGAGUUAUUUUCUGGUUAUUUACAAUAUUAUCGUUCACGUUUAUCUUCAUUUCUUACAUUAAGACUACGUCAAAUGAGACAUUUUAUACAACAAUUAAAACUUUAUUUAAAUACUACACUUAAAAAUAUUCAAUUAUCAUUAUCUUCCAUAUCGGCUAAUGUUAUCAUUAAAACAGUGAAUAAGUUAUUUUCGGAAUCGAACUUGGACAACAUAAAUUUAAGUGAGUUUAUCGAUUGUUUGGAAUAUCAACACUUUAUCAUGAAAUUAAUUGGUUUCUCUAAAUGGUCUAAUAAUAUACAAGAAACGCCGAAACAUUUAGAAAAUGUUGCAAUUAGCCAAACAGCUUGUUCACAAAUGACAAAUUUAUUAAACACUAUGAAAAGAAAAUAUUCUGAUGAGAAUAACCAAUGUGGAGAUACAAGUCAGGUUUGUAUUUCGAAUAAAAAAUCUAAAAUAGAUAUUGAAAAGUCUGAAGGAAUUGGCUCCAGUUUAUUUAAAUUUCAUAGCUUUCUUAAAGCUUUAGAAUUUUGUGAAGAAGAUGGACGUAUAAUUAUUGAACCUGUUAAGAACUCAACAAAAUUAAAUCUAUCAAUCUCCUCAUCUGAUAUGUUGUCUUCGUCAAGUAAUCUUACAGAUGAUACUCAAGAUUUGUGUUUACGUGUGGUAUUUUUAAAUCCUGGAAGGUAUUUAAAAGAUCUAGUACAAGAAGCUAGAAGUGUCCUUUUAGUCGGUGGUACAAUGCAACCAUUCAACGAAGCCAUUGAACAAAUAUUUAUACCAUCUGGUAAAUUAUCCAAUCAAAUCGUCACGUUUACAUGUGAUCAUGUGAUUAAUGCGAAAAAACAAUUAGCUGUUUAUCCUUUAGGUGUACAUAGCCAUCAAUCAAAUGGGGAAGUAUUUUCAUUAGAUUUCACAUACCAGAACCGUUCUAAUCCACAUAUGAUAGAUGCAUGCGGUGAAAUAAUUUUACAAAUAUGUCAACAACUGCCUGCUGGAAUUGUUGUGUUUACUCCAUCUUAUGAAUAUCAGUCAAUUUUACAUAAUCAUUGGGAGGCGACAGGUUUACUGAAUAAAAUAGCAAAGUAUAAAAGUUUCUUUCACGAACCAAAAUCAACAACACAAUUAGAUCAAAUAAUGCAAGCUUAUGGAGUAGCAGCUACUCAAAAACUGCAACAUAAACAUGGAGCCCUUUUGCUAUGUGUGAUUGGUGGAAAACUCAGUGAAGGAAUAAAUUUCACAGAUGAUUUAGCUCGAGUUGUGAUCAUUAUCGGCAUGCCAUAUGCAAAUCCACAGUCCCCAAUUUUAAGAGAAAAAAUGAAUUAUUUGGAUAAGCAUUUCAUUCGUGAAUCCCAAUCUACACAAAAUCCAGGUAGGCAAUAUUAUGAGACAAUGUGUAUGCGUUUAAUAAAUCAAGCUAUUGGUCGAUCUAUACGACAUGCAAAGGAUUAUGCUGUUGUCUUCUUACUGGAUAAUCGGUACUAUCGUUCAACGAUUCAAUCACAAUUACCUAAAUGGGUUCAACAAAGUAUUAUUCAUCAACAAUCAAAUGAUAAACAAUCGAUUUCACUGUCAUCGUCAAAUCAUCACAGAAAAUUCUUAAAUUUAUCAGAAGCUUUGGAGCAUGCUAAGAGAUUUUUCUCAAGUAACAAGGAGUGUUUGGAAUAGAAGAAAUAAUUCAUUUUUGGAAAAAAACGAGGGAAAUUGACUUGGUGUGUAACCUUUGUUUUUAGUCUUACAUUUUUUUCAUUCUCACGAUACUUUUUAUGUAUUCAGGUACUUUCUCUAAAAAUUGCAAUUCAUAAUGUGAGGCAAGGAAAAUGUUUGGGUGUAAUGGUGAUCAGAUUUCAAUUAGAAGAGUGAAAGUCGAUUUCAAUGCAUUUAAUUAAUAGAUUAUUUUUUUAUUAUCUCUGUUUAUCAAUUAAUGCAAUUCCUGAUUGAAUACAUUUUCUCAUUACUUAUUAUACUUGUUAGCAAAUCCUGAUCUGAUCUACUACCUAGUUUAGCCACUAUCAAUGCGCACACUCCUAAUGCUUUAUCAACUCUUUAGUAAACUUUAAUACCAGAAAAGCAUAUACGUACAACAGACAGACUUCAUAAUUGGCUUCAGGAUAUUGGAUUAGGUUAGGUGAAUAAUUCAUCUAUUCUUGAACUGAUGAAUGCUUAUAUCCUACUUGAGAUAUUUUGCAUCUUGUCUAGUUCACUCGGUUUUUUGAUGUUUCGACGGUCCUUUACUCAACUUUAUUUUAUUAUGUUGCUGUAAAUAGGGUUGAAUGAGUGUAACAUCAUCAUGUUUAUUGUGACAAAGCCUUUUUGUUUACCGUCCUGUAGGAUCAAGGAAAAAACUUCGUAAAGAUUCCUACGUUUCUUGAGAAUGAAAGGUGGUGUCAUCCCUAAUUCGAAAGUGUAAAGAAAACUAGUUAUAUAACCCUAGUUCACAUGAGGUAUUCCAUACAGGAGUUUCAAUAAAAUUCAGUCGCAUGUAAUUUCUGUUUGUAUGAACAGUUUUAUUUAUGAUGAAAUAACUUCCAUAUAAUGUAAGUGUUAACAGACAUAUAGUUUCUAAAUAAAAUAGAAACAUCUCACAGACAAUUAACCGAGAAAUUCACAGUAAUAUACAGAGCAUUUACCAGUAGUUCAGAUGCAUCCAUAUCCAGUCUUGAAACCAGCCUUGUUUCCAACAGCUCGCUCUUUACGAGCCCUAAAUUAGCAUUAAAGGAUCAUCAGUGUUAACAAUUUAAACACUAUACUGAUCAAACUCUCUUAUUACAGACUGGGACGAUCAGCGAUCGAGACAGGUCAUAGGAGAUUACGUCCGGUUCCCAGAUUCUAUAUAUGAUCUCAUUCAAUCUAACUGCUAAAACUGCACCACCAUCUUUAAAAAUCUUCGGGGUUAAUCAAUCAGGUCAUGGUGCUCUCCCUUGCCUUACAUUGCCCACAGCUUUUUCAACCUCACUAUGAGUUGAAGGACUUUCAUCAAAUCGUCAUUUAAAUUACUUAGAAAUGGUAGAUAACUGAAAUCCAGUAGAACUGUCUCCUAAAGUAUUCUGCUCGCCAGUCCAAUCUCCUACAUUAGGUGAAUGACAGUCCCAGUCCUUCCUGAUAUAGUCUCACUAACAACCAAAAGUUCAAUACCUGGUUUUUUGAUAAGUGUGAAUACUUUUUAACUGUUACUUAUUGCUGGUGUCAUUUUUUUCUUUUGCGUUCGCUACCCACCACUUUUCACAAUCAUUUGGUAGGGUUUUCUUGCCCACUAACUCUAACCACCUAACAUUCGAACAAUAAAUAAUCAACAGUUGUAAAUCUACUGACGGCUGGAAGUUAGGAUCGGUCUAUGUUGUAAAAUGUUUAGUUAUUCAAAUGGAGUGAUGAUUAAUGGAUUAUUUUUACACAGCUAUGUGCACAACCUAAAGAUAACAAUAAACAAAUAAUGUUACAGAAUAUAUACGAGUUAUUAUAAAAAAGAAAUGAAGAAACAAUACAUGAUUACAAUUUCGGAGAAAUUAUAACAUUUCUGUGUAACAUAAAGAUUUCCUAUUUUCCGAAAUCAUUUUUUUCAAAAAAAAGUUAUUAAAAUAAUGAAAGCACCACAAACAAUUAUGCAGUAUUUAUUUCAGCUCAAUUAUAAAUCACUUUCUUACUUUUGUACUACACUUUCAGUGUAUCAACAAUAAAAAUAAUCUCUUUGAUUUAUAUAUCUUCUC